AUGAUGGAAGAAAUCGACAGAUUUCAGGUGCCGAGCGCCGUGCAGGAGGCGGAGAUGCAAGCGGAGAUGCAGCCGCUGGUAAGCCACAUUUGAGAUAAUAAAUCAGAGUUUUCAGUCUCGAUCUACUUUGUAAGAUAUCAGCAGAUAUAUUGAUAAAGGGUGAGCAUUGCACGAGGCCUGCCAUUCACAAUGUUUUGCUUCAGGUCGCCGAAUAAUCCAUCACCUGUCGUCCACGCGUAAUAUCGGCGGAUGUAGCCGUAAAGCUCUUUUAGGAACUUUUAUCGCCUAAAGAUAAAUAGAAGGAGAAAACAUGUCUGUUUUGUUGUGGGAACACAGCGUCCGGAGAGCUGCGUAGCGAGCAGCGUCCGUCAUGUCUGGCGAAAAACAAGCAUCCCAUCCCAGCAUUCACCGCUCCAUCCUCCUCAGCAUCCAUGCAGCACGGGGCUCCAGCUUCGACGCCACUGUUGUCCCCGUGACGUGAUUGGGAAAAAACGUUUUUCACGCUAAAGUGAGCUCAACCAAAUCGCUGCACUCGUGUUUUGGGGUUUCGAAAUCCGUGGAGUGGAUGUGACGGUGCGCACCGUGGCCUGUAGCGGGGCCCUGGGUGACUGCAGCCUGCAGGGCGGCCUCUGCUGCCGCCUCAGAGCCAGACUAGACCCAAGGCAGUCUGACCUACUGUCCCCAGCUGCUCAUACUCUCAUUCAUCACUGUGCCUCAUGUGCUCAGUUAGUGUAUUUCCCCUCUUAACCUUUUUCACCUGUGGAUAUUUAAUGUACAUUAUGAGGGAUGAUUCUCAAACUGGUAACUGGGGUAACUUGUUCAAAUCUCAGAUCACCCUCCAGAUCAAUAUUAGCAGUUAUACUGUAGACGUUUUGAUUCACAUCAGUUAAGGUAACGCCAAACUUUGCCCAUAAAGGUAGAGAUGCACCGAUCCGUCAUUUUUCCAAUCCAAUCCGAUACCGAUACCGAGGCUGAGCGUAUCGGCCGAUUUUCAAUACCGAUUCAAUACUACUGUUGAAUGAAUGAACUGUAUAUCUUGCCCUGUGAGUGAAGGUAUCAGGCUUGACAUUAGCCUUGUUUAAAUAAGGUAAAAAAUUAAGACAGAUAGCAAAAAGAAGUAAGACGUCCAUGUAUUAAAAGGAAAAAGUAAUUAAAAGGAAAAAAAAAGACUGGAUAAGAACGCUGGAUCGGUGUCAUUCAUCAGAUAUCUGAUCCAGUUAACUUGUCAAUAUCUGAGCCGAUAUCCGAUCCAAAUAUCGGAUCGGUGUGUCCCUACACAAAGGAUUAUGUUAUUCAGCACUUGGGAGUGUGAAGCUUUGAGUGUUUUCCGAAAAUACCUCUUUGUUUUGUUUUAUAGGAAGGGCUUUUUUGGAUACAAGGGGAGCCUCUUUAUUGCAUGUAUUUAUGAAUUGUUUUAUUCACAUAGUGUGGGCAUAGUACAGCCUGUUGUGAAUUACAAACAGAUAUUAAUAAUUCAUGGAUGUCUCAGUAAUGCACCUUUCAGCUCAUCUUUCUGCCCAUGCCAUCCUCUCAAUUGUCUCCAGGAUCCAGCCUCAUCCACAGCCUCAGAGGCCGACUCCGACACCAGAGAGGGGGAACCUGUCACCAUCAACUACAAGCCCUCACCCCUGCAGAUGAAAAUAGGUGAGGAAGAGCUCAUGACAUGUGAUAGUUGUUGUUUUAGCUUUUGUUUGCCCAGUGUGGGACUGUGGGAUUUCUUGUAAUCUGCUUUUGAUUUCAAACCUCGCUGUCAUACACUGAUGUGAGAUAUUGAGAUACUGCUCUAUCCACUGUCUUGUCCUCCAAAUAAAGGUAAAAAGGCGGGAAAUAAAAAUCCCCUCAAAUAAUCCCAAAAUGAGGUGUUAUGGAGGUGAUACACUGAUUUCAAAAUAAAACCCCAGACCCUAAAACUAUCAAAAUUAAACCUUAGAAAAGACAAAGCAUCAUAUCCUACUAAUGUUAAAGGUCCCAGCCAAUAAAGAUUUGGCACGAGGGGAUGAAAAAUAAGUUGAGUAAUUAAUGGUUGAUAAUUUCGAUUAUUACUUUUAAAUCAACUGAUCGACUUUUGAUCUGAUAGAUUUGGCUCUAGAAAAACGUUACCUCAUGAAAAUCACAGUCCUUCAAGACUUAUUUCAGCACCUUGGACAGAGUCCAACGUGGAGCAGCAGCGACUCCACGAGGUCCCACUGUAUCACUUUAUUUUACAUAGAACAAGAAGAAAGAGACACUACUGAGAUACCGAAAUACACCAGAAUACUAGUUUUGGGGCAUAACUCCAGAAUAUUCAUGAGAAGCACAAAAUAGGUCACUUCAGAAGUUCACUAUAUGCUGCGUUCAUCCUACAUGUCUAUAUUGUGACUUCAAGAAAGCCUUGUUUUUACUGUAUGCUUGUUAUUUUUAAUCUCUGAAGUCUCAAACUUGCAUCGACAUACUUGAAAGUUCCCCAAAAGAAUCCCUUUGCCUUCACAACAGUGAUAACAUUUACAUUUGUUUGGACUAAACUUAGCGGUGUGAGUUUAGUAGUUUAUUUUCUGUAGAGUGGUAAGAGUAAGCAGGGGGAGAACAGGCAAGUAGAAGCUGUUGAUCCCAGAUUUGUUGUUUUGUGCUCUUAAUUUUUUUACUAUAUAAAAUAAAAAAAAACAUGACCAUCACAUCCUGGUCAUAUGACCACUGAAGAAAAACCCUUAAAUGAACAGAACACCUUGUUCAAUGGCAGACAUUAUAUUCAAACAGAAGAGAUUUCCCAGUUAAAAUUUAGAUUUUAAUCCGAGUUACCUUCCCCCUGAUGAGACUCUAUUGAUUGAUGAAACAUGGCGUCCCUGAGAAUCGUGGGAGUUUGUAGUAUUUCAGAGUUGAGAAAGUUGAGAAAUUGUCUCUUUUCUUUGGCGCAUUACUGAAGUUUGUUCUUGUAAACACUUUGCAACUUUUUUUCAAUGUCUCGUAAGUCUUACAGUGGAUGUUUUUCUCUUGAUGUAGAGAAACAGAGGGAGUUGGCCAGGAAGGGGUCAUUGAAGAACGGCAACACUGUAGGAAGUCCUGUCAACCAACAGCCUAAGAAAAACAACGUCAUGGCCAGAACACGGUACGUGUAAACUAUGGUCAAAAAAACACCAGGGUACACAAAUAUACAGUGGUGUUUUUUGAGGAUCAGCUAAUAAAAAGACAGUAUUUUCAUAUGCUGAAUACGCAGGAUUUUACACUCAUGUCUACUCUCUGUCAGUGGAGUUGGAAUGAGAAUAGUUUUAUUGAUUCUGGCUUUGUUAGAGAUGGAAAGGAGACCUCUUUCAUGCUGCUGUUGUUGCUGUAGAUCAGAUGUGAUGCUGCCUCCAGGCCCUUCCUGUCCUUUGAUUUCAACAUCUCUGCCAGUCCAGUUGUUACUCACCUCUCUUCUCUCCUUCAUCCACCUCACUUGUCAUUUAAUGUUACACCUUUUCUCAGAACUACUCACCUCUUUCUGCUCUAUUUCCCUGUUCUUUUGUCAAAGGUUGGUAGUGCCCAAUAAAGGCUACUCCUCUUUAGACCAGAGCCCCGAUGAGAAGCCCCUGGUGGCCCUCGACACAGACAGGUGACCAGAAACACAAACAUUUGCACACUUCUUGAAACAUUCACAUCAUAAAGACGUAAAUAAAAGCCAAACUUGUGUUUUUGUUGUUGUUUCAGCGAUGAUGAUUUCGAUAUGUCAAGAUACUCCUCGUCAGGAUACUCCUCUGCUGAGGUGAGCAAAUAUCUGCUUUUUCACCUCAUGUAUAUGCCCUCAUAUAAACUCUCUCUCUCGCUUAUUUUUCUUUUUUUCUCCCACUGUCAAAAAGCCAAGUUUCAUGUCUUAUUAUAAGUCUUGAAGUAAAUCCGUUUGUAUCCAUCCCACUCAUCCGUGUUAAUUCUGUAGGCGUGUGCUCUUCCUGCAAGUGUAUGGUUUUAUCGCUGACAUACCUGCACUCACACGUUCAUCACACACAAAGGGAAUAAAAAUAAAAUGUCAUCUCAGAGUGUCUGCUCCUGAAAAUCCUGUUUUUAAGGCAGCAGAAACAUUAUCAUAUUUAAUCCCCAGAGAAAUCCUCGUUGCCAGAAUCUACAUCCAUCCUUCAGCUUUAACAAUGUCAGACUUGUGGAUUUAGAUGUUUGGAUAUAUAUGCCAAGUUGUCAAGAAUCCUAUUUAAAUAUUUAUUAAAUGUAGUAACCUAGUUUGACUAAAACAGCAUCUCUUUAGUUUCAUUGAGCAACAGCAAGUUGUUAGCUAGCAAUACAACCGGCAGAAGCAACCUGAUGGUAAUGGAGUAUGAACAGAUGUGAUCAAUGUUAGUUUACAGCAUCUAGAGUAGAGAUGACUCUGCUUGUGUUAAAAUGUGAGUAAUUUUAGAAUUUUAAAUAAAUACAGUCCUUCUUUUAAGUAUGCAAAGAAAGGCUCCAUGAUGCCGAGAAUAAAUCACACCAUGAUAGAAGUCAUCACAUCCAUGAAAGAGCUCAGCAGUCUGUGAAAGUGGAGAAACUCUGUUUUCCAUGGUAACUGCUGUAAAAAAAAAUAUGUGAAACAUUCCCCUAAUCUGGCAGAUGUAUGUAAAAAAUUUUGUUAUAAUGAAACAGAUCAACUUAUUUCAGACAAGGCCAGUUGUUGGCAUAUCACCCUAUCUCCCUUUGAUGACUCAGAACAAGUCAAAGGCAGAUAGGUCGACUGUUCGGUCCUGCAAAAGGUUCCAUCAUAUUUUUAUGUCAGGGGAUAAUCCUCAUAUGAGGAUAAACGCCUUCCUUCAGGCUUUAGUUAUAAGUGCAAACACACUACAGUCGUUGAACUUUACAUGACCAUGAGAGUCUGCUUGAGAUCAACACAGAAAUAUGCCCAGCUAUAGCUUGGUCUUUGCUAUUUUACUGAUCAAAUGAAUGUGUGUUUUGGUUAGUGGGUAUGAGGAGGUGUGACAUCCGUCCUGUAGUUCUGCCAGCCAUACCUGCCAACACUCCCAUUUUUCCCAGGACUCUUCCAUAUUUCAGAUCUCCCGCCCACCUCCAGUAUUGUCAUUUCACCCGGGAAUCUCCCGAGAGUUUGCAUGGUCCACAUUCAUUCAUGAAUCGGAUCACUAUAUUUGUCCAAAGUUGCCAGAUUUCCAGACGACCGAAGAUUGUCCUGUGUUUCUGCAGAGCCUCAGUGAUACUGGAUUGAUACUUUUACUUUACAAUUUGGGAUGAUUCCGGUUGGUUUAAGCUGUAAACUAAGUGAUCCAGGCAGCAUAUUAGCUUCACCUCUUACAAUGGGAGGUUAUGGAGGCACACUAUCUUUAUUCAAUAACAGUCUAUCUUUCAUAUUUUAUCAUAUUUUAUGCCAAGCAGCUAGAGAACUCUAGUCCAGUUCUGGUCCACAGCAGAAGAAUUUGAAAAACUCUAACCAAUCAACCCCUCUUAUCUUUUUUUCUAGCAAAUCAACCAGGAUCUGAACAUCCAGCUGCUGAAAGAUGGUUACCGCCUAGACGAGAUCCCAGACGACGAGGACCUGGAUUUGAUCCCGCCCAAAUCAGUCAACCCUACCUGCAUGUGCUGCCAGGCAACCUCCUCCACCACCUGUCAAAUACAGUAA